GUUUUUUAUAAGACAAUUAUUUAUGACGUCGAGCCAUCACGUGUAACCAAGGAAGUCUCUUUUUUGAGAAUAUGGGCUGAUAUGGUCAUGAAAAACUCAAAGCAAACCUAUAUAAAACGAAGAAGACCAACGAAAGGAUGGAGAAAACGUGUGAGAUUUGCUGAUGAAAAGAAAACUCCGGAUUCUGAAAGGUCUAAUGAGACACCAGAAGCUGAUGGAAAAUCAUCUUCAAAAUGGAAAAGAAUACAGAAAAAAGUCAAAUCAGCUAAGCCUCCAGACACUUCUCAGCCCUCAAAGCCAAAUUUUUCUUCAAUAAUAGACAAUGCCAUUGCUAAUGCACCAACAUUUAAAAAGAAAAGCAAAUGGAGAACAGAUGCCCUAAAGAAAUUAAGAAAACCACCAAAGAAAACAGUAAUUUUACUACAGCCACUUUCUCCUUCACCAAGAUAUCAGACAGGUCCUACUGUAAUUAAACGACCUUGGCCUUUAGGGCAGACGACACCAUCACCUUCAUCAUCUGUAAAGUUGCCUUUAAUCAAGAAAUUGUUGGAGGGAAAAUCACAAUAUACGGAGUAUAAGGAUAUUAUACCUGUUCAAAGUCUGAAGAAUAAUAAUCAAAACAUGCAAGCGGUAGAAAAAGAAGAAAAGGUUUUUGAUCUGCACACAGGGAUGUCAUGGCCAGGAUUGAAGAAUAACGAAAUAGAGGAUGACGGUCUGUCCACAUAUUCAUAUUCUGAUGAAAGAAUACAUGGCUUAAAAUGUGGAUCUGAAACUUCUCUGAUUAACCCUGGAGUAAUGGGUGUUCUAGAGCGUUUGAAGGAGUUCAAGGGUACUAGAUUACAGUCAGAUCUUCAUCAUGAAUUACAAGAAAUUCGUCGCAGAGUCAAUCAGGCUCUGAAGAAUGUGGAUUUUAUGUUUGAAGAUAUAGACGAUAAGAAAGACGAAACCAAGUUUCCAUCCAUAGUUGAAGAUAUACAAAGUCGUGAGCUUGAACGUCAGAAAGAGGUCAAUGAACUUAUCUCUGGAAUGGUAGAAGGGUCGGCCAUUACACAAGGACUCUUAGCCGAUGUGGAUGAAUGGUUUCAGGAAGUCCAAAGCAUGGCACUGGAUAAAGGUAUGGAUGCAGAAUUUGAAAAAUUUGUCAAAUCAACUGACGUCACUAAGAUUGAUGUUAUGAAAUCUUUGACAGAGUUUGGUGAUGCCAGUAAAAAGAUGGUUAAACUAGGUAACAGAGUCUUGAAAGAAGCUGGUAAUAUAAUAAAAGAGAAUGAAACUGAGGCAAAGAAAAUGAAGUUGAAAGCAAAAGAAAAAAUAAUCAUUUAUGAUGAACAUGAGUUAAUGCAUGAUGCAGCAAAAUGGGACAGAGCAGUGAAGAUGAUUAUAAAUACAUUUGAAGAUGCUUUGAAAUCUACCAGGAAUGCUGCUUAUAAGUCAACAUACACAAAAGCACAGAAACAGUUCAGAAACUUAGCUUCAGCUAUGUCUAAAAAGAUCCAGGAUUUGAAUGCAAAACAGAGGGAAAUCAACGAUUUAAAAAAGAAACUAUUGGAUUCCAAAGCAGCUGUAGAGAAGAAGCACCAAGAAGUUGAAGAACUGAAGAAAAAUAUCCGAAGAAUGUCAAGAGAAGUGGAAGAAAAAUCUAGGUUAAUUGAAUCGCAAGAAAAAAGAAAUCAAGAAUUGACAAAGAAACUGAUGGGUGCUGAACAGAAAACAAAGGGCAUGGAGAAAGAAAUACUGGACAAAGAAAUGUCUGCUAAACAAGAAUUAUUGAAGAAGGAAGCAGAACUGGCUUUGGCUAAGGCAGCUGAACCACCUCCUCCUCCUCCUGAUGUUCCUCCUAAAAAAGUUAUUAUAAAAGUUGUUGAUCCUGAACUAGUGCAGAAGGUCAAAGAUACAGAGGAACAAUUAGAGAGGUCAAAGGUUCAAAUUUCCAACAAUGUUGAAAGAAUCAAGGAUUUGGAAAGACAGAUGAUUAAAGAAAAAGAAAAGAUAAAGCAACUGAAAGAGGACCUUGAGAAAGCAGAAAAAGAAGCAGAAGAAGCUGCUAUGACAAUAAAUAUAGCAGAACCUGUCAUUGAAAUACCUGAGAUGCAAACAACAGAUUCAGCUCCAGCAGAUAAAGACUCGACUUACUUUAAGAAACUGUUGACAGGAAUGAAGAGGGAAUUUUCACAGGAACUGGAUAAACUAAAAGCUCACUUACGGAAAGAAAAACAAAGGAGCACAGCUGCUGUCAAAAGGUGUGAUAAUGCACAUAAAGACCAUCUAAGUGCGAUACAGAAGGAUGUUAUACGUGUAUUGAGGGCCAUCAUGCACUUCCGGGAUCAUAUGUGUACAUUGAUGGAGAAAGAGAACCUAAAAGAUCUGGUGUAUUCUUUACAUAAGCUCAAGAACCUGAUACCAGACCAGCUUGCACCAGAUCCAAAAGAACUAUUGGCAAUGCUUGUGGCUAAUGUAGUUGAAUAUAUGCAUAACAUGGAACUAAUUAUAUCUAAUGCCUUCCUGGCAAUGAGGAUGAUGAUAAAAGGAACAAUGCACAACCAGUAUGACCAGUCCAGAAUGUCCGACAAACAAACGGAAAUCAGGGUCAAGGUCAAAGACGCAGAAACCAGAAUGAAAACAAUGGACACUGCUAAAACUGAGACUAUAUACAUAGCCCGGAGACUGCAAGCGGCAAAAGAAAGAAUGGAGAAGUUUGAACAGAUGUCACUUACUGAAGACCAAGCCAAGGACAAGAAAUAUCAUGGUCUGUUAAAUAGAUAUCACAUGGUUUGGCAGAUGUACAACAAACUUCAGAAAGAUAUGGAUAUAUUACAAGGAGAUUUCCAGACCAGCAUUGAAGAGAAGAUUAAGGAACAAGAUGAUUUAAUUAUUCCCAAUAUUAAAUUGGAACUCAAACAGAGAAAAGCUGAUCCUGAAAUUGAAUUGAAGCUGACUCUGGCAGACCAAAAACAAAAUUUACAGAUUUUAGAGAAGUCUUAUGAGGAAAAUAAAAUAUCUAAAGAUUUGUAUAUGAUGGCAUCAGCUUUGCUGAAGAAAGCUCUGAGAAUUCCAGGAAAAAGAAUAAAGUAUUUAUUUGAGCAGUACAUAGCAUUUAGAAGUGUUCAAGAUUCUAGAGAAAGAUUACAGGGGAUUCUAGAGGAUCCAGAGUUAGCGUCUGAUGUAAGACAAGAUAUAGAAGACUACAUAAAACGUAUGGAAUCUAAGAUGAAUGUUAAUAUGGAAGUUUGGAAUGAGAGAAUGAGGAACUUAGAGGAGGAACGCAAACAAAUACAUCAAAAUAUUUGGAAACUAUUUAAUGAAGUGUUAGCAGAAACUGGUGUCCUGCUUGUGCAUCCUCUCUUCCAAAGGAACAAAGUAACUGGACAGGUCUACAGUCAGAUGGCCCAAACAAUUAAACGUGAUGCUUUAAAGAAACUUUUAAGAAAACGUCAGAGAAUGACAAACUUACUAAAAUUACCUCCAGUGUGUGUUGGAAGUAAUAUGGUGUCCAAGCUUCAACCUCAGCAGCCAUCUUGGAAAGGGGUUGGACAGGGUGACAAUCCUCCUGCUAAGGUGAACACGCCCUAUACUCAACACUAUGAUAUUAACAAGUCAAGAAUAGAUGCUGAAAGAAUUCUGAAAGAUGAACAUAAAGGCAGGCAUCCUUAUCCUUUAGCAAAGAUACAGAAAUACAUCAUAAACCCUAGUCAAACUUCAGUUCGCACAUAGUGAUUCAUGGAUGCUUUUAAGAUGUUGCUAAUAAAGAAUACAAUUUUUGAAUGCAUUUAUAAGUGAUUAAAUUUGCAUAUGAACACAAAUGAACCUUAGAAAUAAUCUUUCUCACACAUGUACACAUGCAGAUUAAUAAUUAUGUGUGUCACCAACAGUCUGAAUCAUUUGCAAAUUUCUUUACUUUUUAAAGAAACAUUGAAUAAAAUAUUUUUUUAUUUAAAUGCUUUGUCAACUGUUAUGAGAGCUAGUAUUCAAGAGGACAUAGAAAUUUAGAC